AUUUUGCCAACCGGCAACAUUAUCAAAAGUUUGACGUUUACUUGUAGUACGCUUUCUAUAACUUUCGUAACAAAACUUUAAUAUCAUGCAUAAAGUGCUAAAAUUUAUUUCAUCUGAAGUCUCUUCGAAGGUAAUAUCGUCUACUCGACGGACUUACAGUUGUAAUCAAUAUUCCAGUGCUAAUAUAAUCGAAAUGGGUAGCACAUCAAAAUUAUUAGGUAGCGAAAACUCAAUCGUUUGGAUGGAUCUUGAGAUGACAGGGCUAAACUCGAUCACUGACAAAAUAAUCGAAGUUGCAUGCCUUAUUACCGACAAAGAUUUGAAUGUUUUGACGGAGGGUUUAAACUUUGCUAUAAAACACCCUCCACGUGUUUUUGAGGAAAUGAACGAGUGGUGUAUAAAACAGCAUAACAAAUCUGGAUUAGUUCAACGGUGCUUGGAAUCAGAUAUAACGUCAGACCGUGCAGAACCGUUAAUUUUAGAAUAUCUACAAAGGCAUAUCCCAAAGGGUAAAUGCCCCUUGGGUGGUAAUUCGAUAUACAUGGACCGACUAUUUUUACGCCAACAAAUGCCAUCUGUUGAUGAAUACCUACAUUACCGCAUUGUUGAUAUCUCGAGUAUUAAGGAAUUAUGUAGUCGAUGGAGACCGGAUAUUUUAAAGUCGGCUCCCAAAAAGCGAUUUCUACAUAGGAGCUUGGAAGAUUUGGAGGAUAGCAUUGAAGAACUUAUAUAUUAUCGUGAACAUUUUUUUAAAACUAAUUAAAUUACCGAUUGAAUGAAAA